CGGCGAGUCUUUACCGACCCAAUUUUCCCUUCUUCCCAUCCAAUAUCUAUCUACUCUAUACGAGCCACCACCUAGUUAUUAGCGAUUGAAUCAUCAUGGCUCCGCUUUGGGACUCUUCUUGGUCCUCUACUUGGCGCUCUCUUUCUGGAUAUAGUCCCAUUCAAAACAGCGACCCCGGCACCACCACGACUUCCGCGACAGACCCAUCCCAUCUCAAGCCAAGCAUUGGCCAAAUUCUUAUGUCGAAGCGAGUGCGCUACGCUGCUUUUUCCCUCGCUGCCAUCGGUGUCGUCUUCCUCGCCUUCCGAAACUACGACCGCAUACCAUCCCUUGAUAGUUUCCGGAACGGGGGUUCUGCAGCUGCUAGUUCCAACUCAGUAUGCCCUCCCGCAAUAAUACCAUCCGCCGAGGGAGACAACAUCAACUGGUCGCGCUACGCCUACACGCAAUAUGUCACCAAUGCUGCAUACUUGUGUAAUUCCGUCAUGAUCUUCGAGACCUUGCAUCGACUGGGCAGCAAGGCCGAUCGCGUCAUGAUGUAUCCCGAGAAAAUGAUGAAUCCCACCGAGACAAACCCAACGUCUGAUGAUGCACGGUUACUUGUCAAGGCCCGCGACCAAUACAAGGUCAAGUUAGUGCCCGUGUCCGUUCAACGACGGGCUGGUGCUGAGGCCACUUGGGCCGAAUCUUUCACCAAGCUCCUUGCAUUCAACCAGACUCAAUACGAUCGCGUACUCAAUGUCGACUCGGACGGUACCAUUCUACAGAUUAUGGACGAACUAUUCAUCAUGCCGCCGUGCCCCGUAGCCAUGCCUCGUGCCUACUGGCUGUUCCCCGAAAACAAAAUUCUGUCCUCUCAAUUAAUGCUGGUCCAGCCAACCCAGGUGGAGUUCGAUAGGAUACUGAAAAAGAUGGAUGUGGCCGAUCGUGAUGAUUAUGACAUGGAAAUUGUUAAUCAGCUGUAUGCGGACAGCGCCAUGGUCCUCCCGCACCGUCCAUACGACUUGCUCACGGGCGAAUUCCGCGGUGACAACCACCAAGGCUACCUGGGAACCGACCAUGAGGAGUGGGAUCCCGUAGCUAUCUUUAAUGAAGCAAAAUUUCUGCACUUCUCCGAUUGGCCUGUGCCUAAGCCGUGGAUUCCAAUGUCCGACGCCGUACGCGAGGAACGGCAACCAAAGUGUGUCGACAAGAACGGCCAGCAGGACUGUUCAGCUCGGGACUUAUGGAAUGGGUUUUACACUGAUUUUGCCCAACGCCGAGCAGUAAGUUCCUUGAGAUCUUAACAAUCCCUCCUUAUUCUGGAUGCAUAUACUAACGAACCUUACUAGGAUGUUUGCACCGUCUCGAAGAGGAAAGCGAGGAGGUAAUUAUGUUAAGUUAGGCGUGAUUUGUGUUUUUAUUGGAGUCCAUACUGCGUUUUUCGGUAAUGAAGAGAAAGGAAAACCUGGAUUGUAUUUUAUGUGGCAUGACAUUAUAGAUACCAACAUCGAAUCAUGGGUGUGUUUUUUACCCUCCGCAAUAGAAAACAGGCAUUAUACUCAGCGGCAUUUCUCUAGACUUUGGAAUAAUCGUCCCCUUUUCCUUACUUGUAA